AUGAAGACCAUUGCCAUUCUCGCACUUGCCUCGACGGCUGCCGCCUUUGCCGCGGGGAAUACCACUGCCUUGGUACAAGGUCCCGACAGAAAGCUCAGUACCGACGCCCAAGCCCAAGCGAUCCAAAACGACGCGAAUGUGAACCUCGAGUGCCAUACGACCAACGACGGGUACAUCCAGACGUUGAAAGCUGGUGAGUACUCGGCCAGCAAAUUCCACAAUUGUUUCCGCACGUCGGAGCAAAUCUUCGAGUACGUGGAUGCGUUGGUUGCGCAGAACCCAACUUUGUUGAAAAAAGAAAAGAUUUCGAGCACCGUCCGAGGCAAGACUAUCUACGCGUACAAACUGACCAGCGGCGCGUCCAAGCCCAGGUCGUUGUACUACCAAAGUCUGCUCCACGCCCGGGAAUGGAUCGCGGGGUCGUCCAACUUGUUUACGUUGUCUUCGAUUCUGGACGACAUUGCCAACAAUAAACCCACGGCGGCGGACAAGUUCAACUUGUACUUUGUGCCGAUCGUCAACAUCGACGGGUACGAAAUUUCGUGGACGAAGGGCAAGCGGUUGCAGCGCAAGAACGCCAACGAAGUCGACCUGAACCGUAACUGGCCGACUGACUUCAAAAAUGCCGAACCCGUACCCCUCUGGUCCCAAUCUUACCCUGGCCCGGGUGCGUUCAGCGAACCGGAAACUAAGGGUAUUGGGGAGUGGCUCCAUACCAAGAACUCUGAACUCGCCGGCUGGGUGGACAUCCAUUCCGUCGCGGGGUUGAUCUUGUACCCUUAUGGCGACUCCACGGAACUCAUCGGCAAAGGCGAAGACGCCAAGUUUCAACGGCUCGGCCGCAACGUUGCCGACGCAACCGGUGGCGAUUACAUACCCCAAACGGCGGCUUCCCCCCCCCUUGGACCUUUGUUCGGGGCGUUGGACGACUACCUCUACCGCAAGUACAAGAAGCCCGUGUUGACCAUCGAAGUGGCUGGUGCUGGUUUUAACCCCGAUGUAUCGACCAUCCGUACCCGCGGCACGGAAAUCUUCAAAGCGUUGACUCAAUUCGCCGAAGAAGUCGAGAAUUUCGACGUCAACAAUACAGCCUGUUAA